GUAUAGUAGAGUUUUUCUUUUUUCCUUCCGUGCGGCCCAUCGCUCCAUCUUCAGCUCUCGCGAUUCGACGCCGGCGAGUCCUCGGGCGAAGGCCGCAUCGCAGCUCCGGCGGUAUCCGGAACUGAGGAAGAAGCCGCAGUGCAGGUUCUGCUCGGGCGCGCAACCAAGCUCCCUCCCUGUCUCGGCGGUCUGGUCGCCUUCGCGGGUUCGCCUCUCUCCUCCCCGCGGUCCCACCGCAUCGCCGGGGCAGGGAGGGGGGCGUCGCGGCGAUCUCGCGGAGUGUUCUUGAGGCUUCUAGAAUAAGCAAGGGGAGGAGGAAGACGCGAUGGCGUCUGUGGAUCUGAUUGCCUCCUGCCUCGAUUCCAUCCGCCAGAUUGGAGAUGAGAUCGUGGAUUCAAUAGUGUAUGUUGAUGCGGGCACUCUUGAGGCGUUUCAGUUCAUAGGAGCAUUCCCGCUGCUUCUCGAGCUUGGCGCUCGUGCUGUGUGCAGCUUGGAGAAGGCUUCUCCUCUUGAUGUUGUUGCUGACUGGCACUCAAUUUUUUCUCAUCCAGUAAGGAAGAUUGUAGUGCUUACAUCCCGCCUUCUUAGUGACGCACAUCGGUAUAUUCUGCGAUGCCUAGGCAACCAUGGAACUGUUUCACAUUGUACUGUGCUGACAACUAUUUCCGAGACUGGCCACUCGGCAUAUGUUGAUUCUCCACUUGGACCAGAUGCUUUCCGGGAGUACGAGACGUUACUCAUUCAGGACCAUGAGGAGCUUUUUAAGAAGUAUGAGAAAUCAGACAAACAUAAAGAUAAUAUUCAUUAUACAGGGGGUGAUUUGACCUCAGACGCUGAUAAAUAUUCUAAGUGGGAUUCUGGGGUGCAUUAUGGCCCUAAUUCUGAAUCCAGCCCGACGAAAAGGAAUUUGUUUCAUGGUGACUUAGGCCAGGUAGAAGCAAGCGGGAAGAGGAUGUCUGUAACUGUGUGUCACUUUCCGAUGAUUUUCUCUCCUAUUUCCUCAAGGGCUUUUGUUUUGCCUUCUGAGAGCAUAGUUGCUGACUCAUGCUUGUCGAACCAGCAUGAAGAUUCCCUUGGCCCUGGUCUACCCUCGAUAUCUACUGGUAAACCUUUUGAUAGUGAUGAGGUUCCUCCAGGAGUGACCUUGACUGCUCAGUUCCUGUACCAUUUGGCCAAUAAGAUGGACCUAAAGCUCGACAUAUUUUCAUUUGGUGAUACAUCAAAGGUUGUUGGAAAGCUGAUGAUGGAUAUGUCAAGUCUAUAUGAUGUUGGUCGUAAUAAGAGAUCCGCUGGUCUACUGAUCAUAGAUCGUACGGUUGAUCUCCUAACUCCUUGCUUCCAUGGUGACUCAUUUCUUGAUAGGAUGCUUUCCUCAUUACCACGCAAGGAAAGGAUGUCAUCAUAUUCUGUGGCAAAAAAUACACAAACUCCAAGCAAGCAUGCUGAAGCUACCAUUAAAUGUUUCCCACUGAAUAUAAAGGUUCCUCUUGAGACACUCUUUAACAAAGAAGAACCUAAGAGUAGGACCAGUAUGUUGUCUGAAGGUAUCAUGUCAUUUGUGUCUGGAUGGAACUCUGCUGAGGUUGACUCCGGAGUUACCUGGCUACCUGAUUAUGCUGACAAAGCAAAUGAUGACAAGAUUGGCAGUGAACUUGGCUCUCUAAGUGGUUCACUCCUAUCCAAUUAUGCUGGAGUACGCUACUUAGAAGCAUUAAUAGACAGAGGAGCAAAUGAUGGGUUAAUUCUGAUUAAGAAAUGGCUUAUUGAAGCUCUGCAGCAUGAAAAGCUAUCCUCUGCAUCUAGAGGUCGACAAGGAGCCGCUUCUGUUUCAGAGUUUCGUUCUAUGGUGCAAAUGCUCUCUCGAGACCAGUUGUCCUUGUUAAGAAACAGAGGGGUUAUCCUGUUAGCCCUGGCUGCUGAAAUGACUCUCCAGGAGCCUCCAAGUUCGCGCUGGGACGCCUUUACGAGUGCUGAGAGAAUAUUAAGUGUAACAUCUGCAGAGACAACUCAAAGUCUUGCUAGUGAGCUUCGUGAUUUCAUCAACACUAGCACUUCAGUGGAAUCUCUCAAACAAGCUAAUACAAUGGAGACUUCACAGGGACUACUUAGUUUCCAAGAUGUAUUACUUCUAACAAUUAUUGGGUAUAUCUUAGCUGGUGAAAAUUUCCCUACAUCUAUUGCUGGUGGUCCCUUCUCUUGGGAAGAUGAACGGUCCCUUAAGGAUGUCGUGGUGAACUCUAUCCUUGAACGGCCAUUAUCUGUGAAGUUGCGUUUCCUUGAUGGCCUGGAUAAUGAACUUGAAGCUAAAGCUAGAUCCAAAGAUGGUGAGAGAAAUAAUAUGGACUCUACCGAGCCAGCAUCUAGUACUGAUGAUUUUGAUGACGAGUGGGGUAACUGGGAUGAGAAUGACAAUACCGAUCACCAAAAGGAGGAUGCUUAUGGGGACAUGCAACUUAAGUUGGAAGUGCGAGAUAGGGUUGAUCAACUUUUCAAUUUUUUUCACAAAUUGUCCAGUAUGAGGUUAAGAAACCAGGCUCUUGGAGAAGGUCUAGCAGCAUUGAGUAGAUUUGAGACUGAUGGCUACUCAAGGAAAUGCUUGCUUUAUAAGUUGCUAUUGGCUCUCUUGUCGAGGUAUGAUGUACCUGGCCUCGAGUACCAUUCAUCAGCUGUCGGUCGUUUAUUCAAAAGUGGAUUAGGAAGAUUUGGGCUUGGACAAUCUAAACCAAGCUUUGGUGAUCAAAGUGUUCUUAUCGUUUUUGUUCUGGGGGGUAUUAAUACUCUUGAGGUCCGAGAAGUCAUGACAGCAAUCUCAGAGAGCAACAGACCAGAUGUGGAACUUAUUCUUGGUGGUACAACCCUUCUCACUCCAGAUGACAUGUUUGAGUUGUUGUUGGGCUCGUCGAGCUUUACUUAGUCUCACCAUCAUACUUGAGAAGCUUAGUAUUCCUGAGUCAUGACAUCAUGGGGUGGUGUACAAGGCAUCUGAAUAAGACUCCCAAAGAACCCAGAUUAUUGACCCAGAGUGUUUUUCAAACAUUUAGUGUCUGGUGGAGCAGAACAUUCAGAUUCAGAAGAGCGUUGUUGAUACGACCAGGGCCAGCAGUUAGCAAUUCGUAAGCAUCCUUGGGAACCGUUUUAGUCGAAUAAGCUGCAAGAUGUACUAGCAGUUCUUCAUAGGAUAGCAGCAAUGGCUUUUGCAAUAAUCAUCGGGAAAUGUGCACAUUGCUGGAAGCAAUAACAAACAGUAUGUGUCUUAUUCAGUGGCCGACAUGCUUUCAUCUCGAAACAUCAGGAGGUAGCGAACAAAAGUUAAGUCUGAAUUAUCCUGCUAACUAUGCACUUGUGACUAGCAUGAGCAUGCUAAUGGUUUUGAGCAGUUGUUUUGCUCCCAAAAAUUGCCUGUCAGUAAAGUAAUAGCAUCUAAAUCAGUGUACUGGUCUGCAAAACUGUCAAAUAUCUCUGUUGUAAAUUCACCCAAAAUUAUCUCCUUGAUGUAUUGGUUUGUAUUCAGAAUCAUGACCCUAGACUUCUGGACCCACUUGAGACUUGGAAAUAAGUCUGUGAUAUCCAUGAUGUAUAAGUGUAAUCAUGUAGCAAUUCAAAUACUCACUGGCCAAAAAGGGCAAAUAAGUUAAAAGCAGAAGUUUGUUAUCUUCCACAAGAAAACAUUAAAAUGUGGGAUCUGCC